AUGGGUAAAAAGAGCUUCAGAGGAAAGGGCAAGAGAGGUGGCGGUGGUGGCCGAGGUGGUGCAAGAGACUCGGGUGGUUGGAGAGACUAUCCUGCUAUCCCUAAGGAAAACGAGAAACUGCAACGCUUCUACGAUACCCUCCUACAGCUGCCCGAGGAGGAAAAGAACGCCUAUUGGGAGGCUUUGAGACGCGAGUUGCCCAACAGCUUCAGAUUCUGUGGCUCGAAGGGUCACGCUCUUACUGUCAAGAGCCUUCUACAGACUCGUUACAUCCCAGAGAUCGUCAAAAUCGAGCACCAGGAUGGCCGACCCGUCGAACCUCCUCAGCCUGUGCCCUGGUACCCCGACGACCUAGCCUGGUGGAUGACUACCCCCAAGAACGUCGUCCGCAAGUUCCCUCCCUUCGCCGCAUUCCAGAAGUUCCUGGUCUCCGAGACGAGCGUUGGAAACAUUAGCCGACAGGAGGUUGUCAGCAUGAUCCCCCCUAUGCUGAUGGAUCUCCGACCCGGUAUGACCGUCCUUGACAUGUGCGCUGCGCCUGGAAGCAAGGCUGCACAACUGCUUGAGAUGAUCCACCAGGGUGAGGAAGCCCGCGUCCGCAAGGUUCUCCGAUCUUACGCCCAGGAGGAUGGUCUGGAUCUAGGUGCCGAGACCAAGGAGGAGAUGGAGGCCGAUCUCGAAGCCGACCCGAGCGACGCUGGACGAGCCACUGGUAUGCUCGUCGCCAACGACUCCGAUUACAAGCGCGGACACAUGCUUGUUCACCAGCUCAAGCGACUUUCUUCCCCGAACCUUCUCGUUACGAACCACGAUGCCACCCAGUUCCCAUCUAUCAGACUCCCCGGCAAGGAUGGCCAGAAGCCUACCUACCUCAAGUUUGACCGCAUCCUGGCUGAUGUGCCUUGCUCCGGUGACGGAACUCUGCGAAAGAAUCCAACCAUCUGGAAGGAUUGGCAGCCCGGUAGCGCCCUUGGUCUGCAUCUGACACAGAUUAGAAUCCUUGUCCGUGCUCUGCAGCUGCUCAAGGUUGGUGGCCGAGUCGUCUUCUCUACUUGCAGUAUGAACCCUGUCGAGAACGAGUCCGUUGUUGUGUCUGCCAUUGAGCGAUGUGGUGGCCCCGAGAAUGUUGAGAUUGUCGACUGCAGUACCGAGCUCCCUAACCUCAAGCGAGCUCCUGGAAUGAAGGACUGGAAGAUCAUGGAUAAGAGCGCCAGGAUCUGGAGCUCCUGGAAGGAGGUCGAGGACUUUGCUAAGGAGAACGCCGAGGGCGUCAUUCCCGGCCGAGUUGUUGAGACCAUGUUCCCUAGACUUGAGGGCUCUGAUUGUGCCGAUCUGCCCCUCGAGCGCUGCAUGCGAGUCUACCCUCACAUGCAGGAUACUGGUGGUUUCUUUAUCACAGUCCUUGAGAAGAAGUCUGAGUUCAAGGCCAGGAACGAGAAGGAAGGCAAGGAGGUUAAGCAGGAGCCUGCUAAGACUGAGACCCCUGCUGAGGCUGCCCCCAGCGAGAAGGAGGUCGAGGUGAAGACCGAGGUCGCACCCGUUGCGGCUGAAGAGAAGCAAGAGGAUGUUGUUAUGGACGACGCUUCUUCUAAUGGAAAGCGUCCUCUCGAGACCGAGGAAGCUCAAGACCAGCCUGCCAAGAAGAUCAAGACUGAUUCUACUGAGCCUUCAGCCGCCGCGACUCCCGUUGCCGCUGCCGUGAGCCAGGAAGCCACCAAGCCUCGCCGAAACGGCCCUGUUGAGGAGGCUUUCAAGUACCUCGACGUCGGCCACCCCACCGUUGAGAAUAUCAAGGAGUUCUAUCACAUCUCUAAGCGAUUCCCCGACGACCGAUACAUGGUGCGAAAUGAGAUGGGUGAACCUGCUAAGGCCAUCUACUACACUAGUGCCCUUCUCCGCGAUAUCCUUAUCGAGAACGAAGGUCGCGGUAUCAAGUUCAUCCACGGCGGUGUCCGUAUGUACAUGAAGCAGGAUGCUCCUUCAGCUGAUGUCUGCAGGUGGCGUAUCCAAGCCGAGGGUAUGCCCAUCCUACAGGGUUACGUCGGUGAGCCUCGCGUUGUCCACCUUCACAACAAGGAGACAUUCCGCAAGCUUCUCAUCGAGAUGUUUCCUCGCAUCAACGAAGGAAAGUACGAGCGCUUCGACGAAAUUGGCGAGCGCGUUCGCGAUAUGGGUAUGGGUUGCGCUGUUCUGCGCGUUGAGCCUGACGGCACAGACCCUGACUUCAGGGAACGCAUGGCUCUGCCUCUUUGGAAGAGCAUCCACUCGCUCAACCUUAUGCUUCCCAAGGAGGACCGAUCCGCUAUGUUGCUACGCAUCUUCAACGAUACAUCUCCUUUAAUCAACAUUGCUGCGCAAAAGAACCAGCAAAAGCCUGCCGAAGAGGUCAAGGAAGAGGUUGAUGUCGCCGAUUUGCCGUCACCCGAGGAGCCUGCCGAUGUGGGAGUCGUGACAGAGUCUGCGACAGAACCUGCCAAGAAGGCAGAGGCAAAGGCAGAGGAAGAAACUGAGGCUUAA